ACAGGGAGAGGAACAGGAGAUCAGGGGUGGUAGUUGGGGGGAUAACGUCGCCUGAGGUUAGUUGGCUUGCCGACUCAGGCGACGGAGAGGGAACUGAGAAGCGAAAGGUGGGGCCGCUCGCAAUUGUUGGUAGCGAAAAGCCAUAACCCACUGCGCGUCUCCAGAAGGUCGGUGGGGUCCGCAUGGCCCGGCUUGGUGGCUUUGCUUGCGCCCGUGCGGUAAAGAAACCGCCGAUUAUUCUCCUUCGGUGAAAAAAUCCCCCCGCCGGCGGAUUCCUCUCUUUGUCUCUCUUCUGAUGGCAUAUAUAAUGGGGACGCCUUCGCCUUUCCUUUUUUCUGUCUCUGUUUCUGAACUCUGAACUCGCGGACAAAAAGGCGACUUCCGCCUCUCUCUCUCUCUCUCCCGCUAAGGUCGGGUGCGCGAGGGAAGCCUGUCUGUCCGGGCGAGAUUAAGACUCGGACAGACGGGCGUGAUCUUGUUGGUAGUGCUCUUGUUCUGCCUUGUAGGGGUUGGAGGGGACGGGAAGUGAGAUGGCCAACCAGUUUGAUCGGUGGCAGAAGGACGCCUUCUUCUCUGCAGCAGAGGAGGUGCAGGAAUCGGCCGAUUCAAUGGAGUCCGCAUAUAGAAUUUGGGAACGGGAGAGGAAGGAAGGUUUCGCGGUGGAUGAUUCGGAUGAAUUGAGGAAGGAGCUUCAUACUGCCCUUGGUACAACCAAAUGGCAGUUGGAGGAGUUUGAGAGGGCUGUAAAAGGAUGCCAUCAAGGUCGUUCUGCAGAAAAUAUGAUUGCCAGGCAUAAACAGUUUGUUGCAGCGAUAGAAAGUCAGGUGUCUCGCAUCGAGAAGGCACUAAGGGAUUCUAUUGCUGAGGAAGGAAAGCAACCUUUUCGGUGGGUGCAGCUUGAUAAACAGGAAAAAGAUGAUCUAGCAGCAUUUCUUUCUGGAUCCCCUCAAAACUUGCGUGGUGUAAGACAUGAAAGUAUUGCUUCAACAAGGAGUUCAACAAAAGAAGCUUUGAAAGAAAAUCAAUACCCAAUCCUUGUUGCCAAGGAACAUACCAAGAGUAUCUUUGACGCUCAAGGAAUUCCCCUUUGCCAAAAUGGUCUUAAGGAGGGUGCAGGCACAGCCACUAGCCAGGAUGCUAAUGUUCCUAAAUUAGCGAACAAAGAAAUUUUAAGAACUGCCGAUGGGGUUCAUUCUCCUGAUGAAAAGGUGGACAAACCUCUGAAAACUUGGAAUUCAUCCGAUGUUGGCGAUUGGAAAAUUAUAAUUGCUGAUGAAGAUGCUGAGAAUAACGCAUUGGAUGCGCGGCCACAGCCACAGGGAACACUUCAGCUUUGUGGUUUACUUAGAAAUAUCGAAGCCAGAACAGGAAUACAUUUAUUCAGAAGUAGCUUCAGAAAAUGGAAGGUUGAUUGUCAACAAGACAAGAUUGGAAUAUCUAGUUACCUUGACCUGCAAGUAUCUCAGCGACUGAGGCAGGGAAUGAGCGUGCUUAAAGAGAGGAGCAGGAGCUGUCUCAAUAGAUGCAGGGAAGAUGUGAAAACUUCUAAUUCUAAGCAAUUUCUUGGGCGUGUGGAAGGAUACAGGCGGCAGUUGAAAAGUGUACAAUAUUAUGUUCAAUCCAACCCCUCUCUUAAAUUCACUUUGAUGGUUCUGCUAUCUAUUUUGUUUGUUGCCUCAAUUGUGCUUUGCGUAAGCUGAAGUGAUGCUAAUGGUGGAGCCAAACUCAGUAGCCGCUGCGCCAUUCAUUUGGUUGAAGCACAGCAUUGUCAGGGAACUUGAAUAUAGCUUCUCAAGGCGAUAAUAGAAUGGCAAUGGCUUUGGGCGCUGGCAGUCUCCAUUCCCUACAAGUACACUAGCAUAAAAGGCUAAAUUUCCUUUUGGUUAUGAUGUCGCUGUGGCUGGGUUAAGAGUUGGAACCGCUGGACUACCUAACUGCUUCUCCACUUGUCUUAAUGAAGUGCCUGCACCAUUUCAAGUAUGAGGUCCUUCGUUGCUGUUGGAAGCUUCAAUAUUAUCCGCUCAAGAAUAAAAAAAUGGGCGUCUACAGAUAUACAAGGACGUCCAUGGUUGGUCGGUUUCCUGGCCAUCCAGUCCUACUAUUGUGUGUUGGUUCUGUUGCUACUUGGCUGUGGAGUUGUUCCUGGGCAGGGCUAGGAUGCCAGCUGCACAAUUGCAGGAUGGGUUCGACUGUAACCUUGGACACUACCUUGUGAAAACCUCUCUCUCUCUCUCUCUCUCUCUCUCUCUCUCUCUCUCUUGCUUUCCUUCCCUCACUCUCGCUACCUGCAUCGCCGCAUAUGGUUGUGACAUGGGACGGUAGUUUAGUUGGCUUUGUGGAUCCUGACGGACAGGGAAGGAUACCCAAAUUGACAGUCAAGUUUAGAUUAGGAGUUAUUCAAUUUGGGGACUUUAUUGUUGGGAUGACAUAUUUGACUUAAAGCCAAUUGAUGCCUAGAAAUUGAAAAAUCAUAUUGUACAGGGAA